CCCCGCGAGCGGACGCGGCAGCGUCUCUGUCUCGCUUUUUCUUAUUUUCCCCCCUUUCCCCCUUUUUUUUCCUUUUCCCCCCCUUCCCCCCCUUUUCACCAUUUCCCCUCAGAGACGCUUCUCCCGGGCAGGGGCAGAGCCGGCCUCACCCCCCGCCUCUCCCCGGCCCCCGCCGCCCUAUGGCGAGAGGGAACCCCCCUCCCCACCCGGGCAUUAGCGGCGGCGGUCGGAGGAGUGGGGCCGGCGGUGGCCGCGACAGCCUCAGGUCGGGGGAGUCAUGGAGCUAAUUCGCUGACCCGCCGGCCGCAGCCGUGCGUCCCGCUCGAUCGCCUGCACCCCCACCCCCGGCCCGGUUCCCCCUCUUCUCCCUCCUCAGCCGGUCCCGUCCGCGUCCCGCGCGCCCAGCCGCCGCGCGCUGAGGAAAAUGGGGUGGUAACGGGCCCCCGGAUGACCCCGCGCCACCACUGUGAGGCCUACAGCUCCGCCGGGGAGGAGGAGGAGGAGGAGGAAGAGGAGGAGGAGGAGGAGGAGAAGGUAGCUACAUCAGGCUGGGAGGCAGGCAGAUCCAAAGGAUAUCAUGAAGUUUCCAGGGCCUUUGGAAAACCAGAGAUUGUCUUUCCUCUUGGAAAAGGCAAUCUCUAGGGAAGCCCAGAUGUGGAAGGUGAAUGUGCCAAAAAUGCCUACAAAUCAGUCUUGGAGUUUUCCAGCGUUGCUCCAGAACUUGCUCUUCUGUUCUCCCAGCUGGUCUUCUGGAGGAGGGGCCUGCUGCUGUGCUGAUUCUCAGAAUGUUUCUCCAUCCCAGAGAGAUGAAGUGAUUCAGUGGCUGGCCAAGCUCAAGUACCAAUUCAACCUUUACCCAGAAACAUUUGCUCUGGCUAGCAGUCUUUUGGACAGGUUUUUAGCCACUGUAAAGGCCCACCCAAAAUACCUGAGUUGUAUUGCGAUCAGCUGUUUUUUCCUAGCUGCCAAGACUGUUGAGGAGGAUGAGAGAAUUCCAGUACUGAAGGUGUUGGCAAGAGACAGUUUCUGUGGAUGUUCUUCAUCUGAAAUUCUAAGGAUGGAGAGAAUUAUUCUGGAUAAGUUGAACUGGGAUCUUCACACAGCUACACCAUUGGAUUUUCUUCACAUUUUUCAUGCCAUUGCAGUGUCAACUAGGCCUCAGUUACUUUUCAGUUUACCCAAACUGAGCCCAUCUCAGCAUUUGGCAGUCCUUACCAAGCAACUCCUUCACUGUAUGGCCUGCAACCAACUUCUACAAUUCAAAGGAUCCAUGCUUGCUCUGGCCAUUGUUAGUUUGGAAAUGGAGAAACUUAUUCCUGACUGGCUUCCUCUUACAAUUGAACUGCUUCAGAAAGCACAGAUGGAUAGCUCCCAGCUGAUCCACUGUCGGGAGCUCGUGGCACAUCACCUUUCUUCUCUGCAGUCUUCCCUGCCUCUAAAUUCCGUUUAUGUCUACCGUCCCCUCAAGCACACCCUGGUGACCUGUGACAGAGGAGUGUUCAGAUUACAUCCCUCCUCUGUCCCAGGCCCAGAUUUAGAUUUCUCCAAGGACAACAGCAAACCAGAAGUGCCAGUCAGAGGUGCAGCAGCCUUCUACCAUCAUCUCCCAGCUGCCAGUGGGUGCAAGCAUACCUCUGCUAAACGCAAAGUAGAGGAAAUGGAAGUGGAUGACUUCUAUGAUGGAAUCAAACGGCUCUAUAAUGAAGAUAAUGCUUCAGAAAAUGUGGGUUCAGUAUGUGGCACUGAUUUAUCAAGGCAAGAGGGACAUGCUUCCCCUUGUCCACCUUUGCAGCCAGUUUCUGUCAUGUAGCCUCAAGUGUUACCUUUAAGUGCAAACUAAGGUAGACUACUCUGAGAAUGGGAACAUGGAGAACCAUGGAAAGGCUAUAUAAAGGUAUAUACCUUAUCAGGCUGAUUUGAAGUGAGCCAGAAAAAAAAAAUUACUUUUGUGGUAAAUUAUAAUCAACAUUAUUUAAGCAUAUAAAGACCAAAAAAAAAAAAAAAAAGUAAAUUCAGAAGAUCCAAUUUUUUUUUCAAGUAAAAAUUUUUUUGUGGUGUUUGUCAGUUCCAUCCUUUCUCUACUAAAAUGAAAUGGAAAUUGUACCCAUAUCAAAAAUUCAUAUUCAGUGUUUUUUUUUUUUAAAAGUUCCAAAAUUCAUAGCUGGCACACACCCUGUCUCCAGCAUCCUGAUUUAAAUUUCCUCGUUUUUGUUUGCUGCUUUAUUGACUACUUAAUGAACUUUUAUGCAUGUUGAUCUGUAUAGCCUGACUUCCACUGAUUAGGAAACCCUCAAAAUAAUUUUUUAGCAAUUUAGUGAAUAAAUUAUUUCAGUCUGGCAGCCAUGUUUAAUCCACGAUUCAGAUUGAUCCAAAAAGGGUUCUUCAAAAUUGCCCCAUGUGAAUGAGAGGUGGUAAUAGAAAAAGGACUAGCAUUACCACAUUGAUUUUGUGUUUGUCUCAUUUCAGUUCCUGGAGUUCAGAAACAAAAUUAUUGUUUUCAUUUUUAUCUUAAUUUAGAACUUAAAAGUGGCAUGUAAUUAUAAUUAGGGCACUGUUAGAUUUGUUGAAAGCAUAUUUGACAUUUGUAUAAAAUAAUUUGUGAUAAAGUUAAUAUAUCCAGGUGCUCACCAAAGAAAUAUCAAACGAUUAAGGUUUUGGUUUCUUUUGUUUUUGGUAACUGGUCAGUUUUUACUCAUUUAUAAUCAGUAGGAGAGACUCUCUAGAUAUUGGGACAGCUCUAUGAUUUGGGUCUGUAACAUGUAAUAACUGAAUUCAGUACCCUAGAUUUAUGUUAAGCUAUUAGUAUUUUCUUGAUGAAAAUUACCCUACCUGUAUUUCUCCUAAUUUCUGGAUCCUGGGCUCCUUGUGCAGUCUGAGGAAGGUAUUGCAGUCAGAACCGUGUACUGAUGAUAAAAGCCUCUGGUAGCAAUAAAGUUGUCCUUAACCUUUG